UAUAUAAUAUAUUACUUUUGCUUAUGUAAAUGUUAUUACAACAAGCGAAUCUCGUGCUGCUUAAACAAUAAUAAUUUGCGCAGCAAUAUUCCAAAAUCAAAUUGAACGCUGCUAAUAAUAAAGAUGGAACUGGCUGUGGCCCAUCGUAAGGAGCAGUCCAAUGUGACGACACUUUUGAGUCGUCGGUAUGCAGAGCUGCUGCAUGCUGAGAAACACACAGAUUGUGUGUUCCAUGUGUGCGAGGAGCAAAUGAAGUGCCAUAAGUUGAUUUUAAGCGCAGCCAGUCCCGUCUUUGAAGCCAUGUUCUUUGGUCCGUUACAAGAGCUGGAACCGGAAAUUGAGAUACACGAUAUUAGCGCGCCCAUCUUUAAGGUGCUGGUGGAGUAUAUUUACACGGGCAGCGUAGACUAUGAGUGCCUGCAGCUGGAGGCUUGCAUUGAGCUCUACUAUGCUGCCGAAAAGUAUCUGCUGGAUCAGCUUAUUUCGGAUGCGCUGCUGGCCAUAUCCAGUAAGCUGCGCUUCUCCAAUGUGCUGCCCGCGCUGGAGCUGAGCGUUUGUAUGGGACUGGAUAGUUUGUUGGAGGUGUGCAUGUCGUUCUUUAUGCGCUGCUGCGUUAACAAUGAUCAGUAUAUGAGCUAUUUAAAAGAUCACUAUGUGCAUGUGUCCAAGGACACGGUCAAGUCCAUUAUUGCCGCCUGCAAGGAACCGCAUAAGCUGCUGCUUUGGUAUGUUUACCAAUGGACACAGCAGGAGUGCGAUGAUGUCGGACUGGGCGAUGCCAGCACCUGGCAGGUGGCGACUGCAGCAGCAGUAGUGCCGGUUAUCGCACCAACACCACCCAUUCUUGUGGAACGCUGCUACUAUAAGGCCUGCCGUCCAUUCACCGUUGAUGCGGAUUGUUUUACUUGGCGCAUGGGCCUAAAGUGCUCCAGAUUUAUAUCUGUGUUGGGACUGGUGCUCAAUAGUCGGCUGACUCCGAAUUUCACCUGUAGUUUUGGACGCGUGCCCCAAGAUUAUAGGGAAUCGCUGCGCAUCGAACUGUAUCUUGAUGGUGAUGCACCCGUUUGGGCGCAUGUCUUUCAAAACCAAGCAACGAAAUAUAAUUGUGAUUUAAAUAUUGGUUGGAGCCGGGAUCAGGCGUUCACCAUGACUCCAGAGUUGCAAUAUAUACUACAACUGCGCUGGGAGAGUAGCGCUUAUGGUGCGGAGUAUCCUUGUAGUCUGCAAUCCUGCUUGGUAGACGGCAUAAGAUUCACCGAUGGCGACAGUUUUAGCGGCAGUCUAGUAAAAGGGCUGCGUUAUACGAAUUUAGUUUAGGCCUACCGUAUAGAUCAAUUAAUUUGUAAACAGCGUGUAUUUAUUGCUUUAAGUUAAUGUACGUACGUUGAAGUUCAUUAAACUGUGAAUUUCAAUUUAAAAUAUACUCAAUUCAAACAAACAAAAA